AUGAAUAAGAUGUUCAGGGUAGGGAUGAGUGAUUUGAACACCACAGCUACACACUAUAAUCCUGGAGAUCAAAGCACUAAUUAUGGGAUAUUUCAGAUAAAUAGUCACUACUGGUGUGAUGAUGGCAAGACACCAAACACAAGGUGUGAAGUUACUUGCUCAGAAAUUCAGAAAGAUAACUUUGUUAAAGCAGUAAACUGUGAGAAGAAGAUUGAAGCUUGGCAUGGCAUGCAGGCAUGGUUAGGCUGGCAAAACAAUUGCACAGGAAGAAUUGUUUCCAAGUAUCUUGAAGGUUGUCAUCUAUAA